CGAUGGUGGAAUGUUGUUCACUUAUCAAUUAUUCACGCUUGUGCAGUUAGAUUCCUAAUCAAAGCACUGCGUUCAGCAUUAGCACAACACCAUCGAUCCGCAUGUUGAUAUGUUAACGUGAAAAGAAAACACAGCAGAAAGUGGUUGCAAACAAAUAGCAUUAAACAGUAAAAUCAAGUCGCGUGAACGCUUUUCUUCACCCUCAUUGCUCUCGUGUGAGCGCCGUCGUCGACAACGUGACGUCCGUGUCGUGCAUUUUCCAGACGUACUUCGCUGCCCUCGUUUUCUACCUGCAUAGCUGCAACUAAGAAAACGGGUGCUACUCGAUGCUUACGUCGAUGAGCUCAUAGCCUGCUGUUGUGCUUGCAGUCGCUAGUUUUACUACGCGCACAUCCCCCCUAGUCAAAUGCCCCGCGGAGUAGUCGAAGUUCAUUAGCCGCAUCGCUGUUGGACGGCUACUAUUAUCAACCAGUGGCCACUGCUGGCGAGUCACAACAACCACAACAACGUCGCCGUCAUCAUCAUCAUCAUCAUCGCUCGCGUAAUUCAGGAAGCGACGGGGAAUCGCAUUCGCAAGACCCAAAGUCCAAACGCACCACGUAAUCGAGCCAACUGGAUGACUGGAUGACCCCUUGUCAGUGUGUGAUACGAGAAUGAUAAGCUCCAAACCGCUGGCCGUGGUAGGCGCAGUCAGUUUGAGUUCGGUUUCAUUCUUCAGCUGGCAGUGAAUAGACACAGGUUUCGAGUAUUUGAGUAGCAUCGUUAUCGCACCAAAUUUCACAAUGGACCAGCAGCAACGGCAAGAGCCCGCAGUGGCCAGCAGCAGUGAAAGUGGAAGCGGUCCAGAACAGCAGAACCUGAUGCUGUUCGACAGUCUGAUCGAGCUGUGUCGUAACAAUGUUAAUUACUUCGAGGGAGACGACACGGAGACCGGUUUGCGGCUGCACGGUGCAUUCGUCGGGCUGAUCGACCACAUCGAGAUGGCCAAGCCGCUCGUGCGCACGGUGCAAGGUUUCAUGCACGAGUACGACUUCGAUCCGUCCGUGCCGGGUAACGGGUUCCGCAGCUUCCUGGCCGUCGUCGAUUGCUGCGUGAAGAUGUCCCUGAAGCUGGCCCGUUACGUCAUGGAAAACCGGAGCGCCAUUCUGUUCCGCAAGGCGGUGUACGUGAAGGAGGUGGAAGCGUACAACCACCUGAUGGCCAGCCUGUGCACGUGUCUCGAGCACGCGCAAACGCUACGCGAAUGGACGCGCGAAUCGGGCGACCUCUUCCCGGAUGAGUCGCACUCGGUCGAGGAGCUGUUCGCCACCGGUGGCAUUAUCAAUCAGUACUGCUUUUACGGCCGGUGUCUCGGAUUUCAGUUCUGCGACUCGAUCAAACCGCUGCUCAAGUUCAUCUCGAUCGGCAUGGCCGGUUUCUCUGAGGGCUACUACUCCGAGGGUGGCCGCAUUUCGAAGGCCACCAGCCUGAUGUACACCAGCACCAAGUACAUGCUCGAUCCGGAGUUGCGCGCACGGCGCAUUGUGAACAUCUCGCAAAACUCGAACGUGGACUUUUGCAAGGCGUUCUGGUUUCUGGCCGAAUCGGAGAUGAUGCACUCGCUACCGUCGUUCGUUGGCUUCAAGGUAAAGGUGAACCGCGUGAUUACGAUCCCACCGGAACCGAUCCAGCUGAAGUCGACCGUACCGGAUGCGGCCGUCUUCGUGGACAUUCCCAUCCCGAAGAGUCACGGUGGGGCGGCCCCGAUUAAGGCUCGGCUCAUAUCGGCCGUCAAGCGCAAGGGUAUGAUUGGCGAGCGGAGUAACUCACAGCGGAGUACCAUCUAUCCGGCAAGCCGUGGCCUCCUGUUCCACUGCCACGGAGGCGGUUUUGUGGCGCAGAGUUCUAAAUCGCACGAAUCGUACCUGCGCGAGUGGGCCGUCUCGCUGAACGUGCCCAUCCUUUCGAUCGACUACAGUCUUGCACCGGAGGCACCAUUCCCGAGGGCCUUGGAAGAGGUCUUUUAUGCGUACUGCUGGGCGCUGCGCAACUGCGAGCUGCUUGGCACGACCGGCGAGAAGAUUAUCGUCGCCGGUGAUUCGGCCGGUGCCAAUCUCAAUCUCGGCUGCGCGAUGAAAGCGAUCGAGUUGGGCAUACGGCGCCCGGAUGGUAUCUUCAUCGCGUACUGCCCCGUGCUGAUCAGUUUCGUUCCCAGCCCGGCCCGUAUGCUCUGCCUGAUGGAUCCACUGCUUCCGUUCGGAUUUAUGAUGCGCUGCCUGAAGGCGUACGCCUGCCCCAGCCGGGAGGUGCUGGAGGAGAACCGAAAGCGCCACGAGCAACGGCAAGCGAUCGUUAAUGCUGGGCUGCAGGUGGCCAACAAACAGGCCGUUGAAGCGUCUGCAACAUUGACCGUUUCGAACGCUGCUACCACAGUGAUCAAGGAGGAUGAGGACGAGGAGGAGGACGUGCAAGGAAUCAACGGAAACAACAGUCCAGAUCGAUCGCCAGAUUCGGUUGAUGACAAUUCGAUGUGGGAACAGUUAAACAGCGUCAAUACGGUGCAGCUCCAAAACCAACAUCUCAGCCCGGUGAGUGACACGGCCAGCGAUACGCUUGCCCUGAAGAGCCAAUCGGCCGGGAACACGAUCGACAUCAUCAGCCCGGACGAGAGCAACACCAUCACGUCGCUGGAGGAAGACUCUCAGCCGAUUACGCUGCAACAGGUAACUCUUAACACCGAGCCCAGCAAUGUGACCGUCGUGGACGAUCUCGAUAUGGAUAUGCCAAGCGAUAUCAGCUCGGAGCGGACCACGCAUAAGUACGUUUCAGAUUUCAUAGAAAGAUACGUCCUCGAUACGACCACCAAUGCCGCGGGUGAAAUUGAACCGAUCCUCCGUCCGGUGUCGCGUUCACAAUCGGAAGAAAAUAUAGUCCUCGAUAUCGGAAGGGAAGCGAUCAGUGUACAGAACCUACAGGAACGUGUUACGUCGGUCGCGAGUAACUUCGUCAGUAAGGUAUCGAGUACGAUCACCAGCAUUACCGCAUCCAAACCUAUCGCCGUCGGUGGAGGGUCGCAGAGCGAACUGCAGAGCAAUCUCGAUGCGCUGAUUGCCCGCAGCCCGUCGGACGAGUUUAUCUUUCACGUCCCGAAAGAUUCCCACCUGUCACCGUACUGGGCUUCUGAUGAUGUACUGAGUCAAUUUCCACCUACUAAAAUUUUGACAGUUGUUCUGGAUCCCUGCCUCGACGACUGUGUGAUGUUUGCCAAAAGACUGAAAUCUUUAAACAGGUCCGUUUCGCUCGACAUUCUCCCGGGGUUGCCGCAUGGAUUUUUGAACUUUGCAACCAUUUCCAAAGAGGCUCACGAAGGCUCCAAAUUGUGCGUCCAGCGCAUAUCGGAGUUGCUCGAUAUACCGGCCACGCCGGAGGAGGAGGCCGGCACGACGCAGCAAGGCUGCUGUUAGCGAACCUGCUGGUAAAGCUGUCUCGAAGACCCACUUCGCAACUUCGCACGGCACACCGAUACGCUACCGGCUGUAGUUCGGUUGAUCAUACGCGGGUCAUGUUGGAUAAACCCGGCAGUGAAAGAGAAAAAAAGAUCAUAAACGCCGUAGACAAGCUUUACAAUGCGCUUACGUAGUGCGCGCUGCAGGAAACUGCAAUGGGGGAUUUUUUUCGAUUUUAUUUUACAUCGGAGAUAUGCAUUGAAUACACUUUAACUUCGCUUCAUCUCCCCAUCAUGCUCAAGCGAGGCUUCUACGUAGCCCUGUCAUUGCCCCAAAAUGUCCAAAACCGUAAAGAUACUGGGUCGCUGAAAGCGCGGACCAUGCAUGGAACCAAGUGAACGUAACUAAUUUCACCAACCCAGAAAAACGUAACACGUCCCGAUAAUGAGAAUUUUGCAACCCAAAACGCAACCGAUUGGCCUUUUUCCUCUGCAUUGUUUUUUACUGGCGAUGCGGCGAUUAUUAUUGCACAUUUAUAUACAUUUAUACAUUGCGUAGGCAAAAGCAUUCUAAAAUGCGCCUCGUUUAGGUUUGUGGAGAUGGAAUUGGCGCAACUUACACAUUGUACCGUAUUGCAACUCGAAAUCCAUGAGCUGAGCAAAAAAAGAAACACACACUGCUUAAUGAUAACAUAAUAACCUGCUUCAUCGUAUCAAACCAAUCUAUCGUUGUUAUUUUUUUUUGUUUUUGUAUUGUUUAGCAAAUAAUUACUAAAAAAAAACUUGUUAGGUGUUGUUUUAUUUUUUUAGUAUCAAUGGAAUUGUUUAGAAACGUUAAGCUAAGCUUCAAACUGUUAAAGUAUGCUAAAGAUGGGUCACGGAGGGAAUUGUCACACGAUAGUGAAACUAAAAUUGAAAUAGCCAAACAAUAAGCAUUGGGAAAAGUAGUAAUAAGGUAGAACAGUGGUAUAGGAACGAGUACGACAUAAAACAAAAACAAAAAUCUCAUCCGUUAUCUUGUUGUUACACGUUACAUACACAUAUUAUACUAACAAUACGAUAUGUUCAAGCAAAACUACCGCGAACAAAACAGAAAAUACACAACAUGAUAUUAGCGGUCGAUGGAGAAGAAUCUGAACAGGAAAGGAAACAAGGAGUAGUUGUAUAACCAACCAGGGUCUGUUAGACAUUCAAUCAUAUCCGGUGACAAAUCCAGCAUUAUGUUUCCCACCGUUUACCUUAACUUAGUUUUGUGGUAAUUUAACUGUACAAUCAGCUUUUUUUAAUGCAAUUCUAAUAUUCCGAACAUCGGUUUUUCUUUUCACAUAAGAGUGCAAGACUAGGAGUUUGUCGUGGUACUUGAAAGACUAUGUAAAGAUUAAAGUAUUUGAGUAGCAAACUGCAACCGUAAAAAAAAACAAAAAAACACGUGUGCUAUUAACGUUCAUGUGUGCAAUGUUCGUCCACUAAUAUACACGAUGCAGCUAAGCUAUUUCUAAAGCGAUCAUAUUCUAUACUGCUUAUAAAAGAAAAAUGAAACAAUUGGUAUAACAACUUCUGAGCCAACCAAUUGUGGUUUUAUUGAUUUCCUAUCGCAGGU